CACGAACUUGCACCGACACAUCUGCCGUACUGCCGCAGCUCUGGUCGUAAGCACCCUGCAGUAUUAAUCAGACACAGGCGAGUGUUCAUAUAAUAGUUGUCCGACUCCUGCACGUAGCUUUCUUUCGAACCAUCUUUCUUCCUCCUACACAUCGUAUAUACAGCAGCCAUGGCCACGCCCCAGACCACCGAGCAAAACACCCCCCAACCAUCCAAACGCCAGUACGAUCCAAAUUUCACCCAACAUGUCAUCGAAACCUGCGGCCCCAAAACCAGCCCCCGCAUGCUCCAAAUCUUCUCCUCCCUCACCCGCCACAUCCACGACUUCGCCCGCGAAGUCGACCUCACGCCCGAAGAAUGGCUCGCCGGCGUGAAAUUCCUCAACGAAACCGGCAAGAUCUGGGCGGAAUCGAACGGCAAACGCAACGAAAUGCACCGCUUAUCCGACAUCAUCGGUCUGGAAUCCCUCGUGACGGAAAUCGCCAAUUACGUGCAAGUCGACGAGCCAGACUACAUCCCGACUUCUGCGGCAAUCCUCGGACCUUUCUGGAGUCCCAACGCUCCUUGGAGGGAGUUGGGGGAGAGUAUUAUUCAGGAUCCUCCGAAGGAUGGGGUGGUUACGUAUAUGCAUGGGAUCAUACGUGAUUUGAAGACGAAGAAGCCGAUUCCUGACGUCACGUUUGAUAUGUGGCAGGCCAGCAGCAACGGGAAAUAUGAUUUUCAGGAUCCCGAGAAUCAGAGUGAUAAUAAUUUGAGGGGCAAGUUUCGGACGGAUGAGAAGGGGGAGUAUAGGCUUUACUGUCUGAGACCGACGGCGUAUAGCUUGCCUACGGACGGUCCAUCAUAUGCUUUGCUCCAAGCGAUAGAUCGCCACCCGAUGCGUCCUGCGCAUAUACAUCUCAUGAUCACCAAAGAGGGAUACAAGCCAUGCAUUACACAGAUAUACCCUAAAGACGACCCAUGGCUGGCAACCGACACUGUGUUCGCCGUCAAGGACGAUCUCGUUGUCGACUUCGCACCUCUCGAGAAGCUUCCGGAGAAUAUGCCACCUCACAAGGGUCCAGGUGGUCCAGCAACGAGAGAACUCGAGCUCGACAUUGUCCUGGCUCCUCUUGGAGAACCCAUGUCCAACGCCAAGCCAGUGUUGUAGACUUACUAUGAUUCAAGGCAUGGUGGAGGCCAUCAACGCAGAGAUGGAAUCAUAAAGCAUUUGCAUAGGCAUUGGCGUGGCGCAUUGAAUAUCACUUUCGUAGCGAAUCUGUACGACUUCAAUUGACGAACUUUUACUGCU